AUGGGAGAAGAGGCAAUGUCACAGGAUAUGUACCACCUUAUCUGCCAUCCUCAAAAUCAAACUCUCAGCCUUGACAAUGCCAACAAAAGCGUCAGGUCUAUUUUGCUUGCUGACAGUGCAGAAGGCAUCACAAAAAUUUUGCAUGAUGAUCAAUUUAUAAUCAAGGAAGAGGCUCAAGAUGAAGACUAUAGUGUCUUCUCAGAGUUCAGUUACCAUCAGUGUAUACAUUGUUCUUCAGUUUUCCUGUAUAAACAGCAGUUGAAAAAUCAUUUAAAAAAUGAACAUAAUGUUAUGCCUAUGAAGCUUAGCAAUCACCAACCACAAAAUAUUUUGGCUACCUCUUCUGUUUUCAAUGAAGUUACAUCGAUGCCAUCGUAUUCGUCACAACAAAGAAAAAUAUUUGCUUGUCACUUGUGUCAUAAAAGGUUCUCGCAAUCCUGCAACUUGAAGACACACAUGCGAGUUCAUUCUGGUGAACGUCCAUUUGAGUGCACGGAGUGUGAUAGGCAGUUCACGAACAAGGUCAACCUGCAAACUCAUAUGAGGACUCACACAGGGGAAAAGCCUUUCGUCUGCAUUGUCUGUGCCAAUCAAUUUACUCAGGUGAGCAGUUUGAAGGUGCACAUGCGCUCUCACACAGGGGAAAGGCCGUACUUAUGUGGUCAGUGCUCGCGUGGCUUCACAAAAUCGUCAGACCUCAACAGACACCUUAAGACGCACCUCGUCGAACGACCGUACAGGUGCAAAGAGUGCCAGAGAGGAUUCACGCAGAUAAACAGCUUGCAAAUGCACAUGAGGCUUCACACAAAUUAUCGACCUUACACUUGCUUCAUAUGUGACAAAAGGUUUGCCAGAAUCAGCUGCUUGAAAGCCCACACGAAGCUGCACACAGAUCUGCUAGUCACCGAUCAGGACAUGGCAGCGCUGCAACAAGAGGACCGGGAGUCUAACAAUAAUGUAGAAGAAAUCAACGAUGACGACGAUGAUGAAAUUGAUGAUGACUAUAUAAGGAGCUAUAAGGAAAUUAAGAGACGAAUGCGAAACAAAAAGAAAUACAUGCAACUAAGUGAUAAAAUGGACAUGACUCCUAGUGAAAACUAG